UUUCACGAGACGCACAGGAAGUCUCCGCUGGCGGCAGCCAAUGAGGCGCGGGCUGCAUUUCACGUGACACGUCCGGUUGUAUGUUGCGAAUUCCGAAGUUGCAAAGCUGACCAUGGCGGCCGCCUCGAAGAAGUUGCAGAAACUCCGGGAGAACGAAAUCAUCAUCAGUGAAGUUGAGAAGAGACCUCCCCUCUGGGAUAUUCGGCUUCACCAGUACCGUGAUGUCCUCGUCAAAGCCAGUCUUUGGAAAGAAGUUGCCAUGGCGGUGGGAUGCGCAGUGGAGUAUGCUACAACGAGGUGGCAGACACUGCGGGACACGUUCUUCCGCAAAAUUAAGGAGGAACAAGCAUCUAAGAGAAGUGGUGCAGGUGCUGCUGAUGUUGUCAAGUGCAACUGGCCACAUCUGCAACAGAUGAUGUUCCUAAGGGCGGUCAGCUUGUCCAAGAGCACUAGAUGCAACUUGGAUGGCCCCGGGAACGAAGAAGUGCAACUCACAGAGGAUAGCACUGUGCAGACACCUGAGGCGGUGCUUAUGUCUAUGAUUAAUGGAGACAAUGGACAGGAAGAUGGCCCAGAUGAUCAUGUUUCAGAUACGCUGCCUUCUGUUGAGGAUCUCCAAGAAAUGACAGAUUCUUCAAGUACCCCGUCUUCUGGCCAAAGCACUAUGAAAAGGCAAAAGAAAGGGAAGAGGGAUGCUCCGACCAGUGAUCCCGUGGACAAGGAGCUGGAGGUCCCCAGAUCGAGAUUGAGUCGUGUUCCAGACAACAUAGAGUACUUUGCGUUGUCGCUGUGUGACGACAUGCGGAGAUGUCCGCAGCGAUUGGUGCGUGAGAUGAAAAAGGCCAUAUUGGAUGUUGACAAAUACAUGCAGGAUGACUAA